UGAAGGUUUCCUCCUGAAUCAGGCAGAGGAGAAGAGGCAGGCAGAACAGUUUCAGAUGUGGGGUCCAUCCAGGAAGGUGGCAGCAAAGUUCUCUCAGAUGGAAGGAGGUCUCGUGGAGGAAGGGGCGCCGGCCCAGCAGCCUACCCAAGAUGCCCUCUCACAUGGUAGUGUAGAGACCGGGUUGAUUCGUCCUCUUUGGGGAGUUGUGGAAACACCUGCUGCACUUCCAAUCCAGUCUCUGGUGUCCUUCGAGGAGGUGGCCGUGUAUUUCAGUGAGGCGGAGUGGGCACUGCUUUGUCCAGACCAAAGAGCUCUCUAUGGGGAUGUCAUGCUGGAGAACUACAAGAGUGUGGUCUCUCUGGGAGGCAGGAACAUAGGAGAGACAAUGACGGAGACAGACAAAGGCCAUACAUCUGAGGAAAGGCUGGAGAGUUUCUCAAGAGGCCCUGAAGACAGUGUUUCCUUCCCAGAUGAGCUGGCUGCAAGAAAUGUAAAGGAGCUAGUUGGGGGAUUCCAGCAAUUCUCCGUAGAACAAACCACGAAUGAAGAUGCCAAAGAAAGGUUUGCGGACAGAGACGAAGAACAGAAGCAGGAGGGAAGCCAUGCGGACAAGACAAGGGAUGAGCCCAUUCCAUCUGAAGGAGGAGACUUCUUUGAAAUUCCAGUACGAGAAAUAAGAUCAAUCAAAACAAGAAGGAAUGAAUGCCUCCGUGCUAAGCACAAAAUCUGCUCCAGGCAAAACGAAAAUGAAAGUGUGGCCUUUGGAAAGACUUUCAGUAAGAACAUCACUUAUAUUUCUUUGAGGCCAAUUCCCUCAGGAGAGAAACCUUAUAGUUGCAUGAAAUGUGGAAAGACCUUCAGUCAGAAACCAGCCCUUUCUUCACAUCAAAGAAUCCACUCAGCAGGGGAUGAGCAGUGGAAUGAGGAUGUUGAGAAAGUGCAUAAGCUAUUGCCAGAGAAAGAUCUGAUCCACACAGAAGAAGAAGCAUAUAAGUGCUUCGAGUGUAAAAUAAACUUCUCAGAUCAUAGCCAAUAUGAGAUCCAUUUGCAAACGCAUAGUGGAAAGAAGGCCCAUCAAUGCUUGGAGUGUGGCAAAACUUUCCUUUGCAGAUCAGAGCUACUUGGGCAUCAACGAAAACAUGAAGGAGAGAAACCUUAUAGCCACUCAGACUGUAACAAGAGCUUCUCACAAAAAUUAGAUCUUCUCCAACACCAAAGGACUCGUUCAGGAGAGAAGCCAUUAAUGUGGUUAGAGAAGAGAAUGUCCCUCUCUAGUAAAAGAAAAUGUAAUAUACAUAUUUCAAAGCAUAUUAUGAUGAGGCCAUAUGAAUGCUUUCAUUGCGGAAAGUUUUUCAGCUUCAGAUCAAGGCUCAUUGCCCACCAGAGAUCCCACACAGGGGAGAAACCUUUUGAAUGCUUUGAGUGUGCAAAGAGAUUCAGUCACAAUGGCACACUUCGAAGGCAUCAGAGAACUCACACAAUGGAAAAACUGUUUGAAUGCUUUGAGUGUGGAAAGAGAUUCAGCUGGAGUGGCAGACUUGAAGAGCACCAAAGAACUCACACCAAGGAGAGACCUUUUGAAUGCUCAGAGUGUGGAAAGAGAUUCAGUCAGAGUGGCAAUCUUCAACAGCAUCUAACAACUCACACAAAGGAGAGACCUUUUGAAUGCUCCGAGUGUGGAAAGAGAUUCAACCGGAAUGGCAAUCUUCAAGAGCACCAAAGGACUCACACCAAGGAGAGACCUUUUGAAUGCUCAGAGUGUGGAAAGAGAUUCAGUCUGAGUGGCAAUCUUCAACAGCAUCAAAAAAUUCACACAAAGGAGAGACCUUUUGAAUGCUCAAUAUGCGGAAAGAGAUUCAGUCGCAGUAGCAACCUUCAGCAGCAUCAAAGAACUCACACAAAGGAGAGACCUUUUGAAUGCUCAGAGUGUGGAAAGAAAUUCAGUCACAAUGGCACACUUCGAAGGCAUCAAAAAGUUCACCCAAAGGAGAGACCUUUUGAAUGUUCAGAGUGUGGAAAGAGAUUCAGUCGCAGUAGCAGUCUUCAACGGCAUCGAAGAACUCACACACAGGAGAGACCUUUUGAAUGCUCAGAGUGUGGAAAGAGAUUCAGUUGGAUUGGCAGUCUUCAACAGCGUCAAAGAAUUCACACAGGAGAGAGACCUUUUGAAUGCUCAAGAGUGUGGAAAGAGAUUCACCGAGAAUAGCACUCUUCAGCAUCAACAGAAAACUCACACAAAGGAGAGACCUUUUGAAUGCACACAUUGUGGAAAGACAUUCAGUCAGUCACUGGUUUUAUCUUUAACUGGUUUUAUUAUUGCAUGGUAUUCAUGAUAAUUUUAUCGUUUAACUGUGUUGUUCAUGGCCCUGAGCCCACCGGGGCAUUUUAUAAAUCUAAUAAAUGAAGGUGCAUCAACAACCAUAUUUCCACUUAAAAAGUGCUUUUUCAAAGCAAUACAAGACCAUUUCCAGCUUAUGGGCCAUCACCUCUGAGCCAUCAAAGCAGCCAAACCUCCGGUUGACUCAUGCUUU